GAGGCGCUGCUGCAUGAGCUCGGAGGUGUAAAGGAGCUGCUGAGGAGCCUGGAAGGAGUCUUUAGCAGAAAGCACACGUAUAGAGAGAGAGAAAGAGUAAGAGCCGAUGGCGUUUCAAAGUGUUGAGUUUUAAUCGUUUUUAAGCAUCCUUGAGCGAGUCGAGCCAUGGAGGAGCAGAGCCAUGUUCAGGAGGACCUGGCGACUCUCUCAGAUCUGGACGAGAAGAGUUUACUCGAGUCACUGACUGGAAGAUUCAGCCACAGUCAUAUUUAUACUUAUAUCGGGGACAUUCUGGUCGCUGUCAACCCAUUUCAACAACUUCCACUCUACGGGAAAGAGGUGUCUGAGAAAUACAAAUGCCACGAGAAAAGCGCUUUGCCUCCACAUAUCUUUGCUGUAGCCGAUCGAGCCUACCAGUCCAUGCUAGGCCGACUGGCCACAGGGCCAAAAAACCAGUGCAUUGUGAUCAGCGGUGAAAGCGGAGCAGGAAAGACCGAAAGCACAAAGCUUUUAUUGAGGCAGCUGAUGGAGCUUUGCCGGGCGAACUCCCAGCUCGAGCAGCAGAUCCUGCAGGUGAACCCUCUUUUGGAGGCGUUCGGGAACGCUCAGACAGUCAUGAACGACAACAGUAGUCGUUUUGGAAAGUAUAUCCAGCUUCGCUUCCAGAACUCUUCAGUAAAAGGAGCCAAAAUCAACGAGUAUCUCUUAGAGAAGUCCCGCGUGGUCCACCAAGAUGAAGGCGAGAGGAACUUCCACAUCUUCUACUGUAUGCUUGCUGGGAUUUCAUCACAGGACAAGGAGAUGUACGGCCUCCUGGACCCUACGCAAUACCGUUACCUAAAUGGGCGAUUUGGCCCGGCCGAUAUGGUGCAGCACUGGAGGGAAAAGUACAACGAAUUGAGCAACGCUAUGGACAUGGUGGGAUUCGAGGAGCAGGAAAAGGUGGAUAUGAUGACUAUCCUGGCCGGGAUCCUAUCUUUGGGAAAUAUCACGUUCGAGCCGACUGAGAAUGAUGCCCUGAAAGUGACUUCACUGGGCUGGCUCAAAGCCUCAGCGGGUCAGUUUGGUGUUCAGGAGGAGGACCUGAUGAGGUGUCUGACCUGCACCAUGUCAGUAACAAGAGGAGAAUCCAUCCACCGCUUCCACAACCAGCAACAAGCUGAAGAUGCCAGAGAUUCGAUCGCCAAAGUGGUGUACGGCAGAGUGUUCGGCUGGAUUGUUAGUAAAAUUAACGAGCUACUGGCGCACAAACUGGAUACCAAUGUUGAGCUGAGUGAAAUAGGUAUUCUUGACAUCUUCGGUUUUGAGAACUUUGCCGUGAACCGAUUUGAGCAGCUCUGCAUUAAUCUUGCAAAUGAGCAGCUACAGUAUUUUUUUAAUCAUCACAUUUUUCUAAUGGAGCAGAACGAGUACAAAGAGGAGGGCAUCCAGUGGGAGACCAUCAGCUUCAAGGACAACAAACCAAUCCUGGACCUGUUCUUAACGAAGCCGAUCGGGAUCCUGUCUUUGCUGGAUGAGCAGAGUGCCUUUCCUCAGGCCACAGAUGGAAACUUUGUAGACAAGCUGAACAGCAAAUUUAAAGGCAGUCCCCACUUCGAAGUGGCCCGGAGCCGUAGCCCUCUCUUCACUGUAGUGCAUUAUGCUGGAAAGGUGCAGUAUAAUGCCAGCGGCUUCUUGGAAAAGAACAGAGAUAAUAUUCCUGCCAGCAUUCGCUCUCUCUUCAUCAACAGUGUUACACCUCUCCUCAGUGUCCUGUUCGCUGCCACAAUUUCCAGAACAGGAACGUUAAUGCCAAGGAAAGCAAAGAUGGUAAACUUUGUAGAUGACAACUUCAACUCGACCAGGAAGCAGUCUGUAGGCACGCAGUUCAAGCAUUCCCUGGCUGUGUUGAUGGAGAAGAUGUUUGCCGCCGGUCCGCACUUUGUAAGAUGCAUCAAACCCAACGCCAACAAGUUGCCAGAUCAGGUGGACAGUAAGCUCAUCAUGGAUCAGCUGAGGUACAACGGCCUGCUAGAGACGAUUCGCAUUCGAAGAGAAGGUUUCUCCUGGCGGCCAUCUUUUAAAGAGUUUGCACAGAGGUACAACAUCCUGCUGCUGAAACCAGAUCUGCCUUUGGACAAAGAAAGCUGUAUGUCCAUCCUUAAUACCACAGAGCUGCAUGGCUGGAAGUGUGGUUCAUCGCGGUUAUUUUUUAAAUACUGGCACCAGGACGAGUUGGCCCGUCUCCUAGAGAGGCUCGGGAAGGCAGCUGUUGUCAUUCAGAAGAAUUACCGUGCUGUGAGCAGUAGGAAAAAGUACUUGGUCCUGCUGGCUGAGGUUAAGAGGCAACAACAGGCCCAGCGAGAGAGAGAAGAAAGAGAAGAAGAGGAGAGACGGAGACAGGCGAUACUGGAAGAGGAAGCAAGAAACAAGCGUUUGCUUAUAGAGCAAGAAAACAAUAGGCCCGUUUCGCCCCCAGUUCCUCUACCCAGGAAGAAAAAACCUCAGCCCAGACCUCGGGCCAUACUCGCCGCAAUUGCCCUUGCACCUCAUCUCGCACCUGUACCUCGGCCCCGCAGUAAGCACUUUGAGGCCACUCCAUUUGAUAACGACCUGCAUGAGAACAAUGACUUGACGCUUCUGGCUCAGGAGAUGGAUGAGGAGUGGGCCAAUGAGAAAAGGAAGAAGAGGAGCAACACCAUUCGCUGGUUUAAAGAAACACAAGCUCGCAAAGUGGCCAAAAACGGCACUUUCCCUUGCUGGUUUCAUGGCAUGAUAACUCGGAGGCAAGCUGAGGACCUGUUGACAGACAAGCCUGUUGGCUGCUUUUUGGUUCGAGUGGGACAAAGUCGAGAAGGAUAUACACUUACAUACAGGGGAGCAGACCGGCUUCGCCACUACAUGAUUGAGAUGCAGAGUAACGGGAAGUAUGUGAUCCUUGGCGAGGACCGGGCACACGCCUCCCUGCUCGAUCUGGUCCAGUAUCACACACAAGUGGGAAUCAUGCCCUUCAUGGAGCUCCUUACCGAGCCAUGUGGACAGACAUGUGACCAUGACCCAGACUAUGAAGAGCUAGGGCCUAGCCGAUCAGACAUCAGCAACACGGACUCCAGAGAAAACAACCACAAAGACAUGGACCACGUGCACAUCGAAAUGCAGAGACUCUUUCAGCCUCCGGGACAGAAGUCAGAACUGGAGGCUGCUAAAGCCCCUGUCCUGAGACGAGUGUCGGACAGAUACAGACGUGGAGACGCUGCUGAGAUGGAGCAGAGAGGAGACGAGUAUGCAGAGAAAGGCAAACCUGUCCCCCGUCUUUACCCUUCAAUCCGCUUAGCCAUGAAGGAGAUCCAGCAGCUCCAGCAGCAGUUCUCUGCCAGUCAAGAGCAAAACUCCCUAACCUCCCAAAACCCCUGGGCACCCUGGCGGAAGAAAGAUUCUUAAUCAAGCAAAGGAAGUUUUUCAACAUUUUUUCCUGCUGCUACUGAUGUUAAAAUGUGAAUGGCUGAAGCUGUAACGUGAACGGGACAUGAACAAAUGAAGGGAAACUCUUCAGAAAGCAGAUUUUACUUUUGUCUAUCAGGGGUCUGUUUGUUUUAUUUAACUGCUAAUUUAAUUUUUCAGUGAUGUAUUGAUGGCAUGGGACGUUUAAUAAACUCUGUCUAAUUUUGUAUAUUUCCAUCACUCUGGGGCUGUAGGAUUCAUAAAUAAAGAGUCUUUCACAUA